CGCUUGCCUUUGUUACUGAGGUAUAAACACUAUUUCACGUUGUGCUGGUUUUAUUUAAAAUAUUGCGAUGCAGUCUACUAUCAUUUGGAGUUUCGUUUAUCUUUUUUAUUUUUGUGGUCAUGCGUUCUCCCAGCUUCCGAUUAGCGAACCGACAGGUUGCCCCGUUAGUGUUAUUGAGGGCGAAGUGCACACCAAGAUGGAUACAGAAACCUUUUUCCCCUGCCGUUUUUGGGAGUUCGGCGUGAUUGAGCUACAAAACACCGACUUUAAAUCCACGACGGACGACACAGGUCCACCUCCCUUAUGCACGUGGCAACAACAAAGCCAAUUAAUUAAAACAACCACCGAAUGGUUCGGGAAAGAGGUAAUUACCACCUCCAAUCAAUCUUUAAUCACGAUUGACUGCACUGUUGAUUUUUGCCAAUACCCACAAUGCAGGCUUCAAAGAAUAGCCAUAUCUAUAAUUUCUCAGCGCGUAUCUGACAUGUUUCUAUUAAACGAGUUUGCAUAUGAGUUUGACAUCACAAGGAUUGCUUGGUGUGCUGCUUUGAAGAGUUCAGCCUGGUUUUACGAAUUCAGCGCUCCAGAUGCAACGCCUGAAAUUCUUCUUAAGGUAAACUGUAUAGAUGGAGUUCAAUACACAAUGUAUGCUACUGUGACAGGACGGCAGAGUGGACGACGUCCCCAGACCAGGAAGUUGACACACACAUACAGCUGAAAACCUUUUUUGCCUACUCAUAUGGGAGACAGUGCUAACGAUGGAGUACAGUGGGGAAGGAAGCGCACAAGGAGUAUUCAGUUGCGAGCUCUGUGGGUUGUCCACACCUUUCAGUUAUUACGGACAGAAGCCUCCAAACACCAGCUCUAUUGUCUUACUGGAGGAGUGCUACGUGAUGAAGGAUCCCUUCAGCCCUGAGAAGGAGAAGUUCCUGGUCAUCGGUUCGCACUGCAGUUUGUGCAGGAAGCGGGUUUGUGUUGGGACGGAAUGUAGCCUGUUCUACACAAAGCGUUUUUGUCUGCAGUGCAUCAAAAUGCAUUUGGAAGAAUUUCCCCAGGAAGUGCAGCAAGAACUGACAAAGAGAAAAUCUGUUCAGAAGAAUGACUAAUGAAAAACAAAAUAAGGGACUAUAAAGGAACACCAAGAGCUGGAGUACUGUAGUAGGAUGUCUAAACAAAAUGUAUGUCAAGCUGGUCCAUUACAGCUCAGCUCUCUGUCUGUCUGCCUGUUGAAAAAUAGCUUUUUGACACCAUACUCUAUUGUUUGUUGCAGGAACAGCCUGUAGACAAAUGUAUGACCUUUUUAGUGUUUGCUGUUAUCUGUGUGAUUGGUGGUUGUAUGAUUUAAUACAGGAGAUAGAACUGUGUUCCAAACCAAUCAGAAUCAACAUGUCCUAGUUUGUCUUGGAAGCCCAUCUUGGAUAAACGACCUUGAAGUUCCUCUGAACUUAACUAAUGUUGAAUUUUCUGGCACACUGGAAAAAUUAUAUUUAAAAAAUGCCAAGGUCAUUGUGUGUUUUUCAUCUACAAAAGUUUUCACAUUUUUGGUUGCCAAUACAUUCCGGGCAGAGAAAAAGCAAUGAAAUUAUCCUGAAUGCUAUGCACAUUUAAACAAGAACUGAGCCACCUGUCAGUUUAUAUGUAUGGCUUGUGUUCCAGUCGCGGAUUCAGACCAGUUCACAUUGGUUCACGUGAACCAGUCAGAAAACAAAUAUCAAUCCACGUUUUUGACAUUCAAAAUGUAUUUAUUUUAAAUAAAGUAAUAAUCCAAAUGUGAUGCUUUCCUAAAAACUA